UGCAUGUUUAAAUCAACCUCUGCAUUUACAAACAUGUCUGACGUAAGAUUUUAACACGGUAUUAUGCAGAAACAUGGAUGGCAUUUCCACAAAAGACCAAAAUAUUGUCGGAAGCAUUUGUACCAUACGUUCCCAUCUACCCGAAACAAGAGUGGCCAAUAGUCUAUUAAAUCCCAGUUUCUACCUACUUUUAACGAUCCUGUAGAACAUGCGGUAUGCUCUCGUAAUGAACAUGCAAUGUGUUGUCAGAUCGCUCUUCUUUUUUCGAACGUUUUCACAAAGAAGACAACCACAGCAAACGACCUGUUCGAUCAAACUACGAAAUGAUCCGAGAUGACACCCUUGUCAGACAAGUGACAGUUAACCACAGUGAACAUAUAUUAUUACUGCCACAUUUCGCUCCCACCGGUAACGGCGACAUUCGCAGCAGCUCAGCAUGGAUGUCAAGAGACAGCUACUGGAGAAUGAGUCAUUACUCGACAUAAGAACCACAAUAUUAUUAUGUGGUCGAUAUUCCAUGUAAUAACGUCCGUUUUUCUAACAUGACAAAUAUUCUUCACAUUCAGCUCAUGGACAGGCUAUACGUUCCCACCUGUUCAGAAGACAGAGCCCAAUCAAAGGCUAUUGGUGGAAGCACACUGGCACUGGUGACUGGCACAAUCAAUACUGAAUGAACUGGCCAGAUUGUGUUGAAGAACAAUCAGAAGGAGUUGGAACUCAUCUGAGGUUCAGGGUGCUUGCACUGGCAUAAGAUUGAAAGAUAUAUAGUUGCUAUUUGUAUAUAACCACCAGCAACGGUGUUUUCAAAACAUCAAGGCGCGCUUGCAUCCUUCUGCGUAUCAACUGUCUCUGUGCAUGUUGGGUGUGGUGUGGUUCCUGUCGACCCUGGGGGUGGUGACAGGUGUUCAUGACUUGUACCUCCUAGGACUGUUCCCCCUAGAAGGGGCCUGGAGAGGAGGGGCAGGGCAGGUGGUGGCAGUGGAAAUGGCGCUAGCAGAGGUGAAUGCUAGGGAGGACAUUCUUCCUGGAUACAGGCUCAAUCUCAUCUGGAACAACACCAAGUGCGACCCUGGUAUCGGCGUGGACAUCAUGUACAAGAACCUCAUCUCCCCGCCCACCAAGGUGAUGAUCAUAGGAGCCGCAUGCUCCAUUGUGAGUCAGGCAACGGCACAAGCCUCACACCUGUGGAACAUGGUGCAGAUGUCCUAUAUAUCGGUGUCACCGGCUCUAUCAGACAAGACUCGCUUUCCACGUUUUUUCCGUGCAAAUACCCCGGAUGUAGAUGUCAAUCCUGCCAUUGUCGACAUUUUCAAGCAGUUCGGUUGGUCGAGUAUUGCAACAAUUCACCAAUCGUAUGAGCUGUUCUCGGCGCCAAUUGCUGACCUGAUCAAACGCAUGAAGGCGGCCAACAUCACCAUCGUUAGGUCUGAGAUCAUCAGCAGCACUCCCCAAAUACAGGUGGAGAAUCUCAAGACAAAUGACGUCCGAAUAAUUGUUGGCAGUUUUUAUGCAGAUAUGGCCCAGCAAGUAUUUUGUCAUGCGUACAAGGUGGGACUGUAUGGCCCCAAGGUCGUGUGGGUGGUCAACGGGUGGUACGAGACAGAAUGGUGGAAGGUGGACAACCCGUUGAUUGAUUGCACGGUGGAACAGUUGGCUGAAGCUGUCGAGGGGUAUUGGGCUGUUGACAGGAUCUACCAGAACCCCCGGGGUGAGAAGGCGUUGUCUGGUCUCACCCCUAAGGAGUUCCUGGACCAGUAUGCUUCCAGAACGACCCCCGACAUGCCCGGUCUCCGCUAUGGUCCCAUGACCUACGAUACGAUCUGGGCGAUAUGCCUGGCACUGAAUGGCACUCUCACGGAUCUCAAGAAUAACGGUAGCAGCAAAGGACUGGAAGACUUUGACUACUCCGAUGACGACAUGGGUAUGCUGCUGCUGGACAACACGAGGAGAGUCGAGUUCCUGGGGGUCAGGGGGCAUUUCAGGUUCAACGAUAAGGGGGACAUGAUUUCACUGUACCGCGUAGACAGGCUUCAGAACAAUAAGAUCGACAUGGUGGGGCUGUACGACGCCAACCUCCAGACUGACGUCAAGAUCGAGUGGCUGGUCGACUCUGCUCCCGUCAAUUGGCAUGGUAACAAGGUACCGAAAGACUCGGUCCAGGUGAUCAGGAAGCUGGAACGUCUUCCCCUCUCCAUGUACAUCUGUAUGUGCGCACUGGCCGGACUGGGCAUCGUUCUCAGCUGCCUCUUUCUGGCAUUCAACAUUCACUUCCGGAAAAUUAAAAUCGUGAAGAUGUCGUCCCCGCGUCUUAACAACCUCAUCCUCAUUGGCUGCCUCCUCCUCUACGUCACCGUCUUUCUUUACGACAUGACAUCGACCGUCGUCGGUGACAUCUGCAAGGUUAAAGUUCUGCUGUUGGUCAUCGGGUUCUCGUUCGCGUUUGGGGCCCUGUUUGCUAAAACCUGGCGAGUACACUACAUCUUCACUAACGCCACCAAACAGAAAAAGAUUUUGACCGACACUCAGCUGUUCGUGAUGGUAGGCGCCCUUGUGGGACUCAACUCCACCGUGGUCGUCGUGUGGGUCCUUGUCGACCCUGUUGCCGUCGUCAAUAAGGACUCCAUACCCCAGCGAGACGAGGCUAAUGACCGAGAGACCCGGGCUUAUGUGGAGACGUGUGAGUCGAGAAACCAACUCUACUUCUCAGCCACACUGUUCGGUAUACAGGGGAUCUUGCUGCUCCUGGGGACCUUCCUGGCUUGGGAGACACGGAAGGUGAAAAUUGAAGGCCUGAACGAUUCCAAGAUGAUCGGCAUCUGCAUCUACAACGUAGUCGUCCUCAGCGUUCUGGGUGUGACGGUUUCUAUGGCAAUGGGGGACCAGGUCAGCCUCAACUACUGCCUCACCUCCCUCGUAGUCAUCAUCGCCACCACCGUCACGCAGUGCCUCAUCAUCGUCCCCAAGAUAACAGCCUACAAGCAGAACAAGACGCAGGUCGGGGACGAUAAUACCGGCACCGUGACUACCCGUGCCCCCAAUACAGUCAACACCCACCUGGCCCCACCCUCCCUGGCCACAACCACAGACGCCAGGGUGGCAGCUCUACAGGCGCAAGUGCAGAAGCGAGACAAGAUGAUACUGGUUCUCAAUGGUGAAGUAACACAACUUAAAGCACAAUUAGAAGCAGCUAAAACUGUGAACAAAACAGAUUCGUCAACGGAUGACACAACUGAUAUAAACGCGUCAGAGAUCAGAUUGGAUUCGAAAACAGCGAAAGAAAUUGCUGUCACAGAAGCGAUGACGGACACAAGCAGAGCUGAUACACUUGACACAGAACUAGAUCUGAACACCGAGACAGAGAAUACAACCUUGGCAAACACACACGACGAGCAGUCAGUUUCCCUGCCAUAGGCCUCGUGACAACGACAUGCCAAUGUUCUGUAGAAUAUGGUAAACCGUUGUCAUGACUACGGCUGCCAGGUAGAUAAAAUAACAUAGAAGAGACAGGCUGAGGUAUACUGGUGUUUGGUUCUUGAGCAGUGAGACAAUAUGUGGGAGUGGUGGAGGUCUGGGGUUGUAUUGAACAUUGACCCAGAUUAAACUUGAACCAAAUAACAAUGCUUGAGGUUAUGAAAAUACGAAAAAAUUAACAACCACAAGAUAUACUUUGCUGCGGGAUGAUUUUUAUGAAAAUAUUAUAAAGGUACAUGUAAAAUAUAUCUGGUCAUUGCUGGUGUGAAAAUGCCUUGUCUCCGUACAAAAUGCCAGCCCCUAAAUAUAAAAAAGGUCGUUCCUAUUUUCAGUAUCUUAAUUUACCCCCAGCGUACAUUUAAUUCAUAGCAUCAUGGCUUUCUUUUAAUUAAGCAGUGACGCAUUAUGUAACUGUUUAUAUGAGAUAUAAUGGCGAAUAUCAUACUGGAUUAUGAUUAACUGACCAGACAGAUAUCAGCAUGGAGGCUGAAAGGUCACCAGACUCUAGGCUAAGUGUGUAACCCUACGUAGUACGUGGUGCUCGACGUCGAGUAUUGCUGGCGGCUUGCGAUAGAUGAAUACACUUGUCUGUAUGACCCUCAGGAGUGUUUGUUUCUAUCCCAGAACCAUCGGUGUGCUGAAUGAAAAGAUAGAAAUAAAGACAGUGUUCAGACCGAUAUUGUCAGGGUGCACCCAUGGGUAAUAUGCAUUAUGACCAAUUUAGCAUAAUCUGAUGAUGUUUCGGAAAAAGAAGAUACAUCAUGUUUCACCUAUAUUCAAAAGGCGAUCGGAAGACAUUGGAACCAAUCGAUAAACAAGUGUUGUAUUUGUUUCCACAUUUUAUAUUGAAAAAUAGCAAAUGACACAUUAUUGAUGAGAAGUAGAAUCGUGUACAUGUGAAAAAAAACUAAAUAAACGAAAUAGACUCA